AUGGUGCCGGGUAAGAGAAAGGCCAGCGUCAGCGUCCUGCCCAUGCAAACCAAAAAGGCGCGCGCAGCUCCAUCAAACACCAAUCAGUACAAAGAUUCUACAGAUGAGAUCAAGUAUGGCAUUGUUCUACGGAAGUUCUAUCCUCCAGAGAUGAUCGACGACAGAGCUAGGGAUUACAUCAGCGGCAAGAUCGAGCGUCCAAUCGAAACUCUCCAGAAGGCAAUUGAGCAGACUCAAUCGCAACGAGAUGCCUUGCCAACCGCUGGGUCUGUGGUUCACUGGUUUAAAUGCGACACACGCCUGCUGGACAACAAUGCUCUUCAUCAGGCGAGCAAAAAGGCCAAGGAAGGAGGUGUUCCCUUGAUUGGUCUUUACCUGAUAUCACCCCAAGAUUUCGAGGCUCACUUGACCGCCCCAGUACGCGUUGACUUCAUUCUUCGAAAUUUGGCAGUGUUGCGCAACGACUUGGCGAAGCUCGACAUUCCAUUGGUUGUCGAGACAGUAGAGAAACGUAGGGCUCUACCGGCGAGAUUGCUUGAAUUGUGCAAUGAGUGGGACGCGAAACACAUUUACUGCAAUGCGGAAUAUGAGGUGGACGAGCUGAGGAGAGAGGCCUCGUUGAUGGUCAAAAGCCUCGAACAAGGCAUCGCGUUCAAUGUUCUCCACGACACGUGUGUUGUGGAGCCAGGUAAACUGACCAGUGGAUCCGGUGGACAGUUUUCUGUAUACAGCCCCUGGCAUCGCAGAUGGUGCGCAUAUCUCAACGAACAUGCGAACGAGCUAGAUCCACAUCCGAUCCCCCAAGCAAACCCUUCGUCAACGCGAAAGCAAUUUCCCCAGCUGUUCGACUGCAGGAUACCUGACGCGCCGGAAUCGAAACGACUAUCAGAAGAGGAAAAGGUCAAGUUUCACAGUAUGUGGCCUGCUGGAGAACACGAGGCCCUUGACCGGUUGCACAAAUUCCUUCUGGAGCGAGUCGUGCAGUAUCACAAUACAAGAAACCUCCCAUCAGGGAAUGGUACGUCCGUGUUGAGUCCACAUCUCGCGGCGGGAACACUGGCGGCGCGUACGGUGGUGAGGGCCGCGCGUGAGGCUGCGCCGCAUAAGAAGUUGACAGACGAUAGAAAGCAGGGGCAUUCAAUGUGGAUAGGGGAGGUUGCGUGGCGAGACUUCUACACGCACGUAUUGUGCCAUUGGCCCUACAUCUGGUAA